CGAUUUUGCAUUAAAAGUACAAUUGCAAUGGGUGCAAGAAGAAAGAAGAAGAGAACUCAUGUGCCUAUUCAGGAUAUCACAAAUACUCCAAAGUCAUUUGUUAUCAAGUCUGGUGAGGUUGGACAGUCGCUAGGCAGGCUUGUGCGAGAUGUUCGUCGUACUAUGGAACCUAAUACUGCAACUCGACUCAAAGAAAGUCGAGGAAACAGGAUCAAAGAUUUUGUUCAUGUAGCAAGUCAACUGUCCGUCACUCAUAUGUUGAUUUUUUCUCGAAGCAAGACGGGUGAACCUAACCUCCGAAUAGGUAGAAUUCCUCGUGGACCUACCUUGUCAUUCCAUAUUUCAAGCUACUCGCUUAGCAAAGAUGUAGUUUCCUCUCAACCCUCGUCAAAAUCCUUUGGAGUCGAGUUUUCAAAAUCUCCAUUAGUUGUAUUGAAUAAUUUUGCUGGAGAUGCUAAACACAUUAAACUCAUUUCCACCAUGGUUCAAAACAUGUUUCCGGCGAUUCGAGUUCAGCAGAUGAAAAUAUCCGAUGCUCGACGAGUCGUAAUUUUCAAUUUAAAUUCAGAAACGGGAAGAGUCGAGUUUAGACAUUACAAAAUUAUAGUCAAAACAACUGGCAUCAGCAAAAGUGUCAAGACACUUAUUCAUACCAAUGUUCCAGAUUUAAAAGGAUAUAAAGAUAUUAGCGAUUAUGUGAUACGAGGUGCGUUUUCCACGGAGAGUGAUGUUGAGGAUGCUACUGAAUCUACCGUAACGCUACCGGACAAUUACCAACCCAAAGAUAGCAUCAAAACAAGUCAGCGUGCUAUUAAAUUGAUUGAACUGGGUCCACGUAUGGAGCUUGAAUUAGUGAAAAUCCAAGGAGGUCUAUGUGCGGGAGAAAUCAUCCACCAUUCUUUUGUUAAAAAGACGUCUGAAGAAAUCAAAAAAUUGGAAGAAGCGAUGGAAAUCCGAAAUAAAGAAAAGGAACAGCGUCGUGCACAACAGGCAAAGAACGUACAGGCAAAACAGACUGCCAAAAAGGCAAUGAAAAGUGCUGGAAAUGGUGAGAGUAACGAUCAAGAUACUGAUCAAGACGAUGACAUGGAGGAUCAAGACGAUGAUAUGGAAGAUCAAGACGAUGUUCAUAUGGAUGAUGCGGACGACGAGGAAGAUGAAUUUGAGCAUGACAUGGAUAGCGACGAGGAAGAAUAA